UUCUGGCGGGCUGUAUGGAGGUGUCCAGUCUGUCUCCUCUCUCAGGACAGAUUCUGAAGAGACUGAGUCCUCAUCCGCGGCUCAAGACCUGCUCUCUGACUUCAUGUGUUCGUGAUACGAGUCCCGGGCUUUCAGAAGAUGUUGCCGCCGGCGCUUCGUUUCCCGUCAGCCCCAGACAGAGUUCAUCUCCCACCUCUCCGCCUCCGGUCUCCAUCCACUCUGAGGAGGAUGAGCAGAAGAUUUGGUCGUCGGCCACCCUGCUGUCUGUUUAAGCUCCGCCCCCACAAGCUCACGCUCAUCUGCAUACAAACAUCUCAACAUCCAAUCAACAACUUGGAUGCAUAGAACCAAAGCCCGCCCUACAUUUUUUUUCUUUUUUGAUAAUCUG